AUGGCUGCGAAUCCGCGUGCAGAGCAGCGCCCCCCCGGCACCAGCAGGCCACCCCGCGCGCGCCCAGAGCAGCCCCCGCGGACGGGGCAGCCACGGGGCAGGGAUGAGGCCCACCCCGCGCGCUACAGCAGGCGACCCCCCAACCAACACCCAGCCCCCCGACAAAGCACCCCCCCGCAAGACAGCGCCCGCGGGGAGACAGCAUCCCCCCACCCCCGCCGACAGCAGCAGGCGCCACCCCGGGGGAAGAGCAGGCGCCACCCCGCGCGACAGGAGCAGGCCCACCCCGCGCGACAGGAGGGAGAGCCACCCCCCGCUACAGAAAAGGCCCACCCCGCGCGACAGGAGAGGCCCACCCGCGCGACAGAGCAGGCGCCCCCGCGAAAGAAGGCGCCCCCGCGACAGGAGCAAAGGGGCCCCCGCGCACAGGAGCAGGCGCCCCCCGCGCGACAGGAGCAGGCGCCACCCGCGCGACAGGAGCAGGCCCACCCCGCGAGAUCAGGAGCAGGGGCCCCCCCCGCGGACAGGAGCAGGCGCACCCCGCGCGACAGCAGCAGGCCCACCCGCGCGAACAGGAGCAGGCGCCACCCCGCGGACAGAGCAGGCGCCACCCCCGCGCGACAGGAGCAGGGGCCAGCCCGCGCGAAAGGAGCAGGCGCCACCCCGGCGACAGAGAGGCAGCACCCCGCUGGUACAGAGGAGCAGGCCCACCCCGCGCGACAGGAGCAGGCGCCAGCCCGCGCGACAGGAGCAGGCCACCACCCGCGGACAGUGAUGCAGGGCGCCACGCCGCGCGACAGCAGCAGGCGCCACCCCGCGCGACAGGAGCAGGCGCCACCCAGCGCGACAGGAGCAGGCGCCAGCCCGCGCGUACAGAGCAGGCGCCACCCCGCGCGACAGGAGCAGGCGCCACCCCGCGCGACAGGAGCAGGCCCACCCCGCGCUACAGGAGCAGGCGCCACGCCGCGCGACAGAGCAGGCGCCACCCCGGCGCGACAAGGAGCAGGCGCCACCCCGCGCGACAGGAGCAGGCGCCCAGCCUCGCGCGACAGGAGCAGGCGCCACCCCGCGGACAGGAGCAGGCGCCACCCCGCGCGACAGGAGCAGCCCCACCCCGGCGACAGGAGCAGGCGCCACCCGCGCGGCAGCAGUGGCCAGCCCGCGCGACAGCAGCAGGCGACACCCCGCGCGACAGAGCAGGCGCCACCCCGCGGGGACAAGAGCAGCCCCAGCCCGCGCGACAGGAGCAGGCCCCACCGCGCGCGACAGCACCAGGCCCCACCCCGCGCGACAGGAGCAGGCGCCACGCCGCGCGACAGAAGCAGGCGCCACCCCGCGCGACAGGAGCAGGCGCCACCCGCGAACAGGAGCAGCGCCAGCCCGCGCGACAGGAGCAGGCGCCACCCCGCGGACAGGAGCAGGCGCCACCCGCGCGACAGGAGCAGGCCCCACCCCGCGCGACAGGAGCAGGCGCCACCCCGCGCGACAGCAGCAGGGCCAGCCCGCGGACAGCAGCAGGCGACACCCCGCGCGACAGGAGCAGGCGCCACCCCGCGUGACAAGAGCAGGCCCCAGCCCGCGCGACAGGAGCAGGCCCCACCGCCGCGCGACAGCAGCAGGCCCACCCCGCGACAGGAGCAGGCGCCACCCGCGCGACAGGAGCAGGCCCCACCCCGCGCGACAGGAGCAGGCCACCCGCGCGACAGCAGCAGGGGCCAGCCCGCGCGGACAGGAGCAGGCGCCACCCGCGCGACAGCAGCAGUCGGGCACACCGCGCGACAGAGCAGGCGCCACCCCGCGACAGGACAGCGCCACCCCGCGCGACAGCAGCAGGCCCCACCCGCGCGACAGGAGCAGGCCCCACCGCGGGCGAAGCAGCAGGCGCCACCCCGGCGACAGGAGCAGGCGCCACCCCGCGCGACAGGAGCAGCCCCACCCCGGCGACAGACCGGGGCCCCACCGCGCGCGACAGCAGCAGGCCCCACCCCGCGCGACAGCAGCAGGCGCCACCCGCGCGACAGAGCAGGCGCGACCCCGCGCGACAGGAGCAGCCCCACCCGGGCGACAGGAGCAGCCACCCCGCGGACAAGGCGACAGCGGCGCCAGCCGCGCGACAGAGCAGCCCCACCCCGCGCGACAGGAGCAGGCGCCAGCCGCGCGACAGCAGCAGGCCCACCCGCGCGACAGGAGCAGGCGCCACCCCGCGCGACAGAGCACGCGCACAGCCCGCGCGACAGCAGCAGGCGCCACCCCGCGCGAACAGGCAGGGCGCCACCCCGCGAACAGAGCAGGCCCACCCGCGCGACAGGAGCAGGCGCCACCCCGAGCGACAGCAGCAGGGCGCCAGCCACGCCGACAGGAGCAGGCGCCACCCCGCGCGACAGCAGCAGGCAGCACACGCGCGACAGGAGCAGGCGCCACCCGGCGCGAUCAGGAGCAGGCGCCACCCCGCGGCGACAGAGCAGGCGCCACCCGCGCGACAGCAGCAGCACCACCACCGCGCGACAGGAGCAGGCGUCCACCCCGCGCGAAGAGCAGGCCCACCACGCGACGAUAGAGCAGGCGCAGCCCGCGAAGCAGCAGGGCCACCCGCCGACAGGCAGCGCGACGGGCCAGCAGCUAGGCACCGCGACAGGAGCAGGCGCCACCCGCGCGACAGGAGCAGGCGCCACCCGCGCAUCGGCCACCAAUCGCGACGCAGCAGGAACCACCGCGCGACAGAGCAGGCGCAACCCCGCCGACAGGAGAGGCGCCAGCCCCGCCGGCAGCACCCGGCGCCAGCCCGGCGACCAGCACAGCGCCGCCCGCUGCGACAGGAUGCAGCGCCAAGCCCAGCGUACAGCACCACGCCCAACCACCGCGCGACAGCAGCAGGCCCACCCGCUCGACAGAUCAGCUACCACCGCGCUACAGUACAUGCUCCACCCCUCUAUACAUAUCAUCUCCACCCCGCGCACGAGCUCGCAAUCCCGCGUACAUGACAGUCUCACCCGCUCACAGGAUCAGCCCACCCCCGCAGAUACACUCCACCCCGCACAGGGCAGCCCACCCGCUGACAUUAGAGCUCCACCCCGCUCGAUAUCGUCUCACCCGCGCGACAUUAUCAUUCCACCCCGCGAGACAGCACCCACCCUCCACACAGCCAGCCCACCCCUGGGACAGGCACACCCACCAGGCUACAGACAUCAGUCCCCACCCCCUCACAUUAUCAUUACCAUCCCUCUCUACAAGAUUCCGCACUCCUCUCACAUGAUCAUCUCACACCCCUACAUAUCAUUCCCACCACUCGAAACUCAUCCUCGACGUCCCUAUCGCAUUAUCAUGCUCCAUCCCUCCGACAGUCAUCUCCACCCCCUCUACAGAUCAUUCCACCCCUCUACACGAGCAGUCUCACCCCUGCACGCUGAUUAA